AUGUCAUCACGAUGUGUUUCUAUCCCCCAAUCAUUGAAUCGAAGCAUUUCAUGUACCUAUGAGAGUGAUCAAUUUACUGGUGCACGUUCCAUGUCAUACAUCGAUGGUUUACCUGAGCCUAAUUUAUCAAGUCGUACUCGAACAGCUGUUGUCGGUCCUAAUACGGUACAUGGAAGUCGGGAAGAUUCAUUGCAUGAUUAUGGUUCAGUAAAUGAAAGAGGUGAUGUGCGAGCAUAUUACAGCAGUGAUAUCACCCGAGCAUAUACAUCACCUCCUACACCGAUAUCCCUAUACGAUUGUGGUGAUCCACCACCUUAUUAUAAUCAUAGGCGAAACACUCAACCGGAAGACG